AUGGUAGAAGAACUCUCAUGCAGUUGUUGUCCACGCAGUGGCUAUUGUUUGGACAGCUGCAGUGCUUGUCCACCAGGAGCAGAACAACCAGAAAGUAGAGAGAUUGAAUGUACCCUCUGUAAACCAGGACAUUUUACCCCCAAAGAUGCUACAAUAGAAUUCCCAUCAUGUGAGAAAGGACAAUUUCAAGACGAGCGGGGACAAACAGAGUGUAAAAAUUGUUCGCUUGGAACAUUUUGCAGCACUGAUGGGUGUGUGACGUGCGAGGAUUGCCAAGCAGGGACGUUCCAGAACCUGACUGGACAGGAAACAUGUCUACCAUGUCCUUUUGGAGAGCAUUUGUAUUCCUCUGGAAGAAAUUGAUACCUCUUCUCGUCGGAUGUGUGGUGGCUGACCUCUUCCUUAUUUGUUAUUGACCACUCAAAUAUGUGCACGGUCCUACAAAUAUAGGCCAACAAUUUACGUGAACUAUAAGUUUACAACUUUCACAUCAUGAUGUCAUGUGACGCUAAACAUCUUUAAUGUCAGCAUGUUAAACAAUAAUUUAAAAAUAAAAGUAAAUAUGCGUUGCAUACCUCUAUAUAUAACAGUACCUGCAUGUCAUAAACUCGCCAGUUUCGACAACUUUCCCUUUGAUCCUUGUCAAAAGUCGGUCCAGAAAAUUGAAGCAUACGCGCGGCGUCCAUUGCUGAAAAUCCAAAAAGUACCCAAGCAAACAAGAGGAACCGUCAACCACGAAUGACGAAAUAAGAAAAGUUUGUGUGCUUGUAUUAGCGGAGU